CUCAGCUGUCAGUCACAGAGGCUCAGAUCACAGGUGACAUUUGACUAUGUCACAUCACAAUUUAUAAUAGAGGAUAGUUCUCUUGCUUGGACAUCGCGAUCGGAUCAUCUUUCGUGUGUAUGUGCCUCGGCUUUUACUUCGUUCAAUUGCUUCACGGUUUGUUUUGUGGCUAAGCCGUAAGGGAUCAACCGCCGUGUUUGUUUUUGACUGACCGCAGAGUGUAGUGAUUUUGUACCUUGGACACUGCACACCCUUCGUUACUUCCUCGGAGUCGUUCUUCGUGGACGCACAUGGGUCUCUACUAGCAGUGUUUGAAGUGUGAGGUGUUGUGUGAAUUAUGGAUGACAUGUUCCCGAGUGACGUUUGACUAGGUGUGAAUUAGAAGAAUAACGAUUGCUCAUUCGAUUGGAAGUGUUGAGCGAGUGAAACUGAACUGAACAGUGUGAACCGAUUUUGUGCCUCAAGUGAAGUGUGUGGAAAACUAUUUCGAGCUAAGACAGAAUUGUUUCAGCCAGUAUGGCAUUGGAAGACCGCUGCAGUCCACAGAGUGCACCCAGUCCGCCACACCAUCACCACCCGAGCCAGAGUCCGGUGAAUUCUGCAACCGCAACGAUGAUGACCACCGCCAAUGGAAGAAGUCGGAUUUCGCCUACUGCCGAAGAGAUGUCACCACUUGUACCCAUCUCUCCGUUGCACAUCAAACAGGAGGUGAAUGAUUAUAUUCCUCCGCCACCACCCCAGCAGCACAGCAUUACCUUUUCGAUCUCCAACAUUUUGAGUGAUAGUUUUGGGAAAAAUGCACCGAAUGGCACCCAACAGCACCCGGUUAGUCCUAUGGCCAGUCCUGCCUGCAGCUCUGACUCCGGUAGCCCAAAUGGACCCUCCUAUCAUCACAGUCUGCCACCGCAUCGAUCGUUGGACAGGCGAGACAGUCUUUUCCGCCCGUACGACAUCAGCAAAUCGCCUCGGUUGUGUUCGAGCAACGGCAGCAGCAGUCACAAUCCUUACCACACGGACAGUGAAUCUCAGGAUUCUACCUGCUACGAACCCCACACCGCGGCAGCAGCCGCCACAGCCGCCAGUAUGCUAAUGUUCACCAACAACAACAACCAUUACCACCCUCGAAUCCCAACCCUGUACGACUUUGGAGCCAAAACCAUCCCCAGCAUAGAUCCCCGCUCGCCGCUGCUGAACGGCUUCAGUGCCACCAGCUACCCGAAGCUCCACGAGGAGAUCAUCAACAGCCACCGCAAGUUCCAGGCGAAACUUCUGGAGAACCAAGCGAAGGUGGCCGCAGCAGCAGCGGCAGCUUCCAACAGUAUCCAUCACCCGCAUUCCAUGCCCCCGCUCGGGUCGCUCUGCAAAACGGUAUCGCAAAUCGGGCAGCAUGUGGCCUCCUCGGGAGGUGUCGUCAACAGUGGCGCUGCUGCUCCGCUGGGAUCGUCGAACAAUCAGCUCAAUCUGGAUGGGCGCAACGGUGGCAGCCCCAAGCUAAGUCCGCGUCCUAUCCCAAAACCCACGGCAACGGUGGCCUCCAGCUUGCCGGGGAACGCGAGCGGAAGCAAUGGGCAUAGCGAUGGAAUCGGUUCAAACGAUGGUGGGGCGUCAUCCGAUGAUGCCAAGUCGGAAACGGGAAGCAGCAAGGAUGGCGAAGGUGGUGGAAAUCUGUGGCCGGCCUGGGUUUACUGCACCCGCUACAGCGAUCGACCGAGUUCGGGUCCCCGCUACCGCCGGACAAAGCCCCCGAAAGAGAAGGCCGAAAGCGAGGAGAAACGUCCCCGGACGGCAUUUACCACGGCGCAACUGCAGAGACUGAAGAACGAAUUCAACGAGAAUCGCUACCUAACCGAGAAGCGUCGGCAGGCGCUCAGCGCCGAGCUUAAUCUCAACGAGUCGCAGAUCAAAAUUUGGUUCCAGAACAAGCGGGCCAAAAUCAAGAAGUGCUCGUCGGAGAAAAACCCCCUCGCUCUGCAACUGAUGGCCCAGGGACUGUACAACCACUCCACCGUUCCGCUGACCAAGGAGGAGGAGGAGCUCGAGAUGCGUAUGAACGGACAGAUUCCGUAAGAGGCAAACGCCAGCCACCCAUCCCACCCACGGCUGGAUCCGUGGCCAAAAUGGGGUUGCACCUCCGCAUAAUGCCUAACCUCCUCGGCACUCUGCUUGGGUAGAGGCAUCAUCGGUUAGCGGACGAGUGGUCGAGAUAUCGGUGUGGAUUUCUACAUCAUUUUCGAGUGAGACAAUCUCGCCGGGCGUUGCAAAUUGGGAGCUGUCUCUCAAAGGUUGGACGAAACCUUGGAAACCAUGUCGCGCGUUAGGGGUGGCAGAAAUGCUGAAAUGCGAAUCACAGACAGCCGACAAACUCAAGUACAAUUACAUGUGAAUUGAUUUAAUGCAAGUGAAUCUUCCCGGACGCAAUACAAACAAAACCCAGAUCUACAGAAGGUAGAUUCGCGACGGGGUUAAUGUAAAUACUGGAAUCGAAAAAUACAUCUCAUGCGCCUUUCCUAUCCGUCACGCAUCAGACAGGAUGCAGAAAUAUUUAUUCAAACGGGGCCGCAAACUGAAACACAGAGGCGAAUUUGUGUGUGCAAUAUAAACCGAUCAGUCCCGGAACUCCCAAAAACUCCGAACCUAAGCUCGAUGGCGAUCAACCGAAACCGAAUAGCAAUGAACUAAUUAAAUAUAUGCAUUAUCGAUACUUAUCCAUCCCUGUAAAAACGAAAAACAUUGCGCAUAGUUUAGAAAGCGAACAAGCGCUAAGAAAACAGGUGGGCGCGGUUAGGUUACACUUUUUGACGUUUCAUAAGCUUAACACAUAGAGGUAGGAAGCGUGUAAAUUAUUUCCUUCCAGCGUCAAGUAAAAAUUCACACUGCACAUGUAGUUGAAUUGAGGCAGACUGUUGAGUCGUAUGUAAAUAGACUAGGUUAGGACGGAUUCAGUGUAAAAAAUUGGCUACUAAAAAUUAAUUGAGAUUAACAGCAGCACUGGAAGGGGCGCAGCAACGAGGAACGUAGAACACGAAGGUGUUCCCCUUGCGGUGGAAGAUAAAUAAGUUAGAAACACAACCUGUUAGCUCAAUCCAGAACUAGUUUUCGCGGAAGGGAAAGAAUCGUUGAAAGUUGGAAAAAACUUAACAAAAGCUGGAUGGACUGAUGUGAACCAGUGUAGUAACCGUUUGUAGCCGUAUUUCAAUCUAAUCUAAAUUAUGUUUAAUUAUGCUUGGAUCCAUCGACCAUUUUUGGAACGCUUCCAAUUGUGUUCUUCCCCGAGUCAGGUUUGAUGAAACUUUGCUGAUUAGAGCGCGCGCGCGGAGAACAUUCUCGGUUCGGUCAUUCAUGCACCCGGUGCACAACCCAUUUCGUGUGUUGGCUUGGAGAUCAAAAUGAGCAACCUUAUGCAUAAAGUUAUCAUUUAAUCUAUUCGGUACCCCUUUCGAAAGCGAAAGGAAAGUUUGUUCUUCAACUAUACUUUAAGAUUGCUAUUAUUAUUAUCAUUAUCGCUAAUUAAGAUUGUAACAAACUAGCAGAUUAUUCAAAAAACAGAGAGAGAGAGAAAAAACAGAACCUAUUAUAUUAUAACGAAGAUACAGAGAAAAGAGAGCGUAAUAAAAUACACUCAUGUGAUAU